ACCAUCUGCACCACCCAACAAAAAGCGAAACCGCUUUCCCCCUCUUCCGCAGAACUGAAUAAGUUCUCCAGACCCUCUAUAUUCGACACCACAAAAAACAUUCCCGUCAAGCCAUCUAUCGCCCCCCACCAUGCCACCCAUCCGCAACCCCAUCCUCCCAGGCUUCAACGCCGACCCCUCGGUCCUCCACGUCAACGGCACCUACUACAUCGCCUGCUCCACCUUCGAAUGGUACCCGGGAGUGCAAAUCUGGUCCUCGACGGACCUCGCCAACUGGACCCUGACGACGCGGCCCCUCUCGCGCAAAUCCCAGCUCGACAUGCGCGGCAACCCGGACAGCUGCGGCAUCUGGGCGCCCUGCCUAACCCACGACGGCUCCAAAUUCUACCUCGUGUACACGGACGUGAAGAGGAAAGACGGCAGUUUCAAGGACACGCACAACUACAUUGUGACAGCCGACAAGAUCGAGGGGCCCUGGAGCGAUCCCAUGUACGUCAACUCCUCUGGUUUCGACCCAAGCUUGUUCCACGACCCGGACACGGGCAAGAAGUGGUUCGUGAAUAUGUUGCAGGACCAUCGGCGGCGGCCGCGCUUGUUUGCGGGAAUAAGGCUGCAGGAGUGGGAUGGUGCGGCGAAGAAACUGGUCGGGCCCAUGAAGACGAUUUUCAAAGGCACGGAGCUGGAUCUGGUCGAGGGCCCCCAUCUGUAUAAGAGGAAUGGUUGGUAUUAUCUGUUGACGGCUGAGGGAGGCACGGGGUAUGAGCAUGCGUGUACGUUGGCGAGGAGUAGGGAUGUUUGGGGACCUUAUGAGGUGCAUCCCAAGAAUCCUAUACUCACGUCCGAGCCCUACCCGAAUGCGUCGUUGCAGCGCGCAGGCCAUGGGGAUAUCGUCGAGACACCCGAGGGGAAAACGUAUCUGGUGCAUUUGACCGGCCGGCCGAUUACCCAGUUCAAGAGGUGCGUGCUUGGGAGGGAGACGGCCAUCCAGGAGGCGUAUUGGGGUGACGACGAUUGGCUGUAUGUCAAGAACGGCCCAUGCCCGAGUCUUUAUGUGGACGUUCCCGGAACCAGGGACGAGGAGAAGUAUUGGGAGGAGCAGAAGUAUACCUUCGACGAGAAGGAGGGACUGCACAUCGAUUUCCAGUGGCUGAGGACCCCAGAGCCCGAGCGCAUCUUCAAGAUCCAGGAUGGGAAGUUGGUCUUGAUUGGCCGCGAGUCCAUCGGCUCGUGGUUCGAGCAGACCUUGGUCGCAAAACGCCAGAAUCACUUCUCAUACGAUGCCGAGACGGUCGUCGAGUUUAGCCCAAAUGACGAGAGGCAGUUUGCUGGUCUGACCGCGUACUAUUGUCGGUACAACUUCUUCUACCUCACCGUCACGGCGCAUGCGGAUGGCAAGCGGGAGCUACUGAUUCUUAGCUCCGAGGCCUCGUGGCCCGAGGGCAGGCUGAAGCUCCCGCUGGCGGAUCCCGUUCCGCUGCCGCAGGAAGGCAAAGUCAAGCUGGGUAUCAGCAUCCGGGGCAAGAGGCUUCAAUUCUUCUACGGGCUCGGCGGCGAGGAGGCGCAGCUGAAGGAGAUUGGACCCGUGUACAACGCCUCAAUUCUGUCGGAUGAGUGCGGUGGGCACCUGGAGCAUGGUAGCUUUACAGGCGCCUUUGUCGGCAUGGCCUGUUCGGACAUUAACGGGACGGCAUUGGAGGCCAAGUUUGACUAUUUCAAGUACAAGCCUGUCAAGCAUGAGUCGGAUCGGUAUGAUAUCUAGGAGGGGACUCUGGAUCAGUAUGAAGGCAUUUUGGAGGCUGGACAGGCUUACCAGAUUGAACUG